CCCCCCCCCCUCGCCCCGCCCCGCGCCCCUUCAAAACUGGGCGCAGCGAAGCCGGGAGUCACUUGCGACUCAGCCUCCGGAAGAAUCGCGGCAGCGCCCGUCGUCGCACUGGAAACUCGAGUCGAAGAAGGAAUUCCGAAAAGAGUGAAGAUGCGGCUGCUGUUGGCUUCUGUCGUGCUGCUGUGGCUGAGCGCAGUAGCGUCGGCGGAGGAGACGGUCGAGGUGCAGCUCCAGCAAGGCGCCAUCGUGGGCUCGAGGUCCGAGGCCAAGGGCGGCAGGACGUUCUACGGCUUCCUGGGCAUUCCCUUCGCCCAGCCUCCGAUCGGGGCGCUCAGGUUCAAGGACCCCGUGGCCGCCGGGGCGUGGGAGGGUGUGAGGAACGGCACCGUGGCCUCGCCCUUGUGCCCGCAGCCGGACGCGCCCUCGGACUGGACGCAAGAGGACUGCCUCUACCUCUCCGUGUACACGCCGCAGCCCAACCGGACCGACCUCCCCGUGAUGGUGUGGCUUCCCCAGGGAGGCUUCAUCAACGACGUGACGCCCAUGUUCCAGCCGGAGUUCCUCCUGGCGAGGGACGUGGUCCUCGUCGUCCUUCAGCACCGUCUCGGCGUCUUGGGAUUCCUGUCGACCGAGGACUCAGAGCUCCCAGGCAACCUGGGGCUGAAGGACCAGGCGCUGGCCCUUCGCUGGGUGCAGGACAACAUCCGCGACCUCGGUGGCGACCCAGACAAGGUCACCAUCUUCGGGCAAAACGCGGGGGGCGCGGCAGUGCACUACCACAUGUUGUCUCCCAUGUCCAGUGGCCUGUUCCAGCGAGCCAUCAUGCAGUCGGGGGCGGCACUGUGUCCCUGGGCGCUUCGGGAAGACCACCGGCAGGUGGCCUUCAGCUUCGGCCGCAUGGUGAGCUGUCCGGGCGAGCGCGGGGACGCCGCCAACAGCACUGCGCUCGUCGACUGCCUUAGGGAGGUCCCUGUCAAACAGCUGAUGGCUGUGCAGCCCUACAUCAUGCCCUCCCCGUACGUCCUUACGCCCCGCGUGGACGGCGAGUUCCUGCCCGACCACCCCGCCACGCUGGUCAGGGAGGGCCGCUACAACCGCGUCGACGUCCUGUCUGGGGUGACGCGGGACGAAGGUGCUCUCAACGCCAGAGCGUUCGUGGAGGACGGUGUUGUGGACAGUAUGAUCCAGAACUUCAGCCUCUUGGGGCCCCCCGCCCUCGGCUUCGAGGCCUGGGACGACGACCCCGAGUACCUGGCCCGCCUGGCCUUCCACAGGUACCUGGGGCCCAUGGAGUUCGACUUGACCAAGAUCGAUCCUCUCGUCAAGCUCCUCGGCGACAGCUUCUACAGCAUGUGCAACGUGGAGACCAUCGAGCACCACGCACGAGACGCCGCAUUCGGCUACCGCGUCUUCGCCUACGAGCUGCAGCACCGCGGAGAGCACGCCUUCUCCGACCUGUUCAGGGGACCCUCGCCCGCCUGGAACCUGGCCUAUGUGGGCGAUUCGGACGACCUGCAGUACCUCUUCUCCUUCGAUAAGUUCAACAUCAGCCUGAGCAAGGACGAGGACCUCUUCGUGUCCCGGAUCAUGGUGGAUCUCUGGACCAACUUCGCCGCCACCGGGAACCCGACGCCCGACCUGUCCCUGGGCUUCAAGUGGACGCCGACCUCGGCCUCGAGCCUCUCCUACCUCGGCCUCACCUCCGCCCCCGCCAUGAAGGUCUACGACAGGGAUCAGGACAUCGAAUUCUGGAGGAACCUCCCGAGGAAGAUGAACAAGUUGCUGUACCCGGACCGCUUCUCCAAGGAAUCCUGCACACGGCCCAACGACACGGUGGCUGUUGAUGGCGCUGCCCAUCUACGACUCAGUCCUGCGCGCCCGAGUCUCAGCCUUGCCAAAAGAACUUCCACUCGUCUGACGCUGGAGACAAACGCCGGAGGGUCGAGAGUGACGUCUCCCUUGGGCUCUCGCCAGGCGGUUUAUCCCUGCAUUCCUCCUGACAUCAACAAGCGCCAACGCCCAGCGCUCCAUGGCACGUGCUCGCCCAGCGGCGAGAGGAAAUGGCGCGAAAUCGAGGAAGCGACGAAACAGCCAGACGGAAUGGCAGCGGAUGACGCAACACGUAAUCACGUGAGAAUAGAAGCUGGACCCAAGGGAAGUCAGAUGAAGUUCAAAUCAGUUUCGCCAUGGCUAAGUUGUGUAGAAGUCUUCAGAAUGAGAUCGUGGGUCGUCGUAAUGCUGAUAGUGGCGACCUCUUGGGUAGCACAGGGUCGUACCCCCGACCCCGAGGGCCCUACCGACGACCCCGCCGAUGCCCAGGACGCCGUGACUCCUGACGGCGCCGCCACAGACGCUCCAGAGGGGUCCGUGGAGGUCGUCCUUCAACAGGGCCGCAUAAGGACGGUGGGACGGAGUGCUUUUCAGGAGCGCCAGAAAGUCUACGCUUUCAAGGGCAUUCCCUUCGCCCGGCCGCCUGUAGGGGAUCUGAGGCUCAGGAAGACAAAAACAAAAGAGAAACACAAGAAAAAGGGAACUAGAGAAACAACCAAGAACAGCGGGACUUCAAUGGCACGGCCUUUCUUCGUCGCGGGCCACGAGGACUGCCUCUUCCUCAGCGUCUACACUCCGAGGCCUUCGCAGACCGCCGACCUCCCCGUCAUGGUGUGGUUCCACGGAGGGGGCUUCAAGUCGGGGAGCGGCGCCCCCUUCCCCCGCCUGGCCGACGAGGGCGCGGUGGUCGUCGUGGCUGUGCAGUACCGCCUGGGACUCCUGGGAUUCUUAUCGACGGAGGACGCAGUUCUUCCAGGCAACCUAGGAUUAAAGGACCAGGCGAUGGCCCUCGCCUGGGUCAAGGAAAACAUCCGUGACCUCGGCGGUGACCCACACAAGGUCACCAUCUUCGGCGAGUCAGCUGGGGGGGCGUCGGUGCACUUCCACAUCCUGUCUCCCAUGUCGAAAGGCUUCUUCGCGCGGGCCAUCAUGCAGUCCGGCUCGGCCCUAUGUCCUUGGGCCCUGGCCAGCAACCACGCCAAGAUGGCCAUCGAAGUCCUGCAGAAACUGAACUGCUCCGACGCGUCCUUCCCGCCCCUGGACAGCCAAGGACUCCUCACUUGCCUGCAGGAGACUCCCGUCCACUUCCUGCUGGAGCUGCCAAGUGCGGAGCUGAGAAUCUCAGAGUUCGCGCCGCGGGUCGACGGGGCGUUCCUGCCGGCCCCCCCGGUGACGCUGCUGAAGGAAGGGAGAUUCAACGCCGUCGACAUCCUCUCGGGCACGACGCAGCACGAGGGCGCCUCCUUCGUGAACUACUUCUUCUCGAGGCCCGAAUUCCCGCGCUACGUCAACGACUACUUCACGACGGCCGCCCCGGAGAUGCUGUUUCUCGAGGACGGCGACUCCCCGGCCUAUCUGGCCCGCAGGAUCUUCUUCCACUUCGUGGGCGGCCUCAGGGCUUCCCGGGACGAUGAGGAGGCGCUGGUGGAGAUGUUCGGCCAGAGGUUCAACGUCGCCUGCCAGGAUGAGACGGCGCUCCUGCACGCACGCACCUCGCCCUACAAGGUCUUCGCCUACGAGUUCAGACACCGCCCCUCCGGCAGAAGGCUCUACGUGGGUCACCUGGACGACCUGCCGUUCCUGUUCGAGGGCGUCGCCCCGCCGCUCUCGCGCCCCCAGGACCUCUUCGUCAGCCGCCUCCUGCUGGCCCUGUGGACCAACUUCGCCAAGACGGGGAACCCGACGCCUGACCUGAGCCUCGGAUUCCGGUGGGCGCCCAUGAGCAGCGGCUGCCUCAGCUUCCUGGCCAUCACGCCCACGCCCACGAUGCAACACGACACACGCCAGGAGGUUCGAGCCUUCUGGAACCACCUGCCGCUGCCCCAGAACAGGCUCCUGUAUCCUGCCCACUUCGCCCCCAACGUCUCGCCGAUGCCCUGCCCGCCCACACGCUGAGGGGGGGGGGGGGGG